UCCGUGAACUACCGUGGUUCUGAUCCUGUACGAUGAAGCACACCGUCGUGCUCCUGGUGCUCGCCUGUCUAGGCACCCAGUGGUUGGUCGCUGGCCAGCGGAAGUUUCCGGAACACUUCAAGUUCGGUGUCGGUACGUCGGCGUACCAGAUCGAGGGUGGUUGGAAUGAGGACGGUAAGGGUGAAUCGAUCUGGGACUAUCUGGUGCACAACAACCCGGAGAAGGUCGCGGAUGGAACGAACGGUGAUAUCGCCUGCGACAGUUAUCAUCAGUGGCGCCGUGACGUCGAGAUGGUGAAGGAACUCGGUGUGGACAUCUAUCGUUUUUCGCUGUCAUGGAGCCGCAUUCUACCGACCGGUAUCAGCAACGAGAUCAAUCCGAAAGGCAUCGAGUACUACAACAACUUAAUCGACGAGCUGCUCCGCCAAGGCAUCACCCCGAUGGUGACACUUUUCCACUGGGACACUCCGCAGCGGCUGCAGGAGCUCGGUGGCUUCACGAACCGGCUGAUCGUGGGUUACUUCCGCCAGUACGCACGGGUUGCGUUCCAGCACUUUGGUGAUCGUGUAAAGUGGUGGACGACGUUUAAUGAACCACCGCAAACCUGCCGGUUACCGUACGAGUAUGGUACGUUUGCACCGGGCCAAGCAUUCCCAGGGAUCUACACGUAUCUUUGCAGUCAUCAUCUGCUGCUGUCGCACGCGGAAGCCGUCGAGCUGUACCGGACGGAGUUUCAGCCGACGCAGGGUGGACAGAUUGGGAUUACCGUCGAUGGAUCGUGGGCCGAACCGGUGUCGGAGGCGGAACGUGAGGCAUCCGAUCUUACGAUGCAGUAUCUGUUCGGUAUCUACAUGCAUCCGAUCUACUCCGAGACGGGCAACUAUCCACCGGUGAUGAUCGAACGGAUCGCUAAGCUGAGCCAGGAGCAGGGCUUCACGAGGUCUCGGCUGCCCGAGUUCACCCCGGAGGAGAUCGCCAAACUGAAGGGUUCGUCCGACUUUUUCGGCUACAACGGGUACACGACGAACCUGGUGUACAUGAACGAUGAAGCGAAUUCGGCCAACUUCCGUCAACCAUCGUUCGAUCACGAUCGUAACACCGUCGACUAUCAGGACGAUCGGUGGCCCUCGACGGGUUCGUCGUGGUUGAAGGUCAAUCCGCGCGGUAUGUACAACGUGCUGAACUGGAUCCGCCGGGAGUACAACAAUCCACCGGUUUGGGUCACCGAGAAUGGUGUCAGCGAUCGUGGUGGAACUCGCGAUGUGCAGCGUGUGCAGUACUACAAGGAUUAUCUGAACGCCAUCCUGGAUGCGAUCGAUGAUGGGUGUGAUGUGCGGGGAUAUGUGGCCUGGAGUUUGAUGGAUAACUUUGAAUGGUUGGCCGGGUUGACGGAACGGUUUGGGUUGUACUACGUCGACUACAGUGAUCCGGCUCGGAGGCGUUACGCAAAAUCAUCGGCCCGUGCGUUCGGGAAUAUUGUGCGCAACCGGAUGAUCGAUCCGGAUGAUAUGCCUGAACCGGAGAUUUAUAUUCCGGGACCGGGUGAAACGAUUACUACCACCACGGCCACCAUCAGUACCACACCAAGCCCAGAGACGACCACCGUAGCUGAUGAUGAUGGUGACGGUGGUGGUGCCGCUGGAUUGAUGAUUUCUCAAAUUCUACUCGCCCUCGGCGUCGGUGUCACCGUGCUGCUGAUAGCGUGCUGAUGAAGAGGCGAGCAUGAUCUUCCUUUUGUAGAAGCGUGUGCUGUGGUAGCGAAAUAAAAGAUUGUCAACUGAGGAAA